AAGGUUGCAUGUUAAAGUUACCAUAUGUUUGCAAGGAUGAACAUUGUUGGACAAACAUGUUUUAACCACUUCUUCUCCACUCCUAAAAUAUGCACAGUUUUAAGUAAGAGAUUUAUGUCUGCUAAGUUGAUUGAUGGGCACAAGCUAGCAAGAGAAAUAAAAGAUGAAGUGAAAUUUGAAAUAGAGAAAUUAUUGAAAGCUGGCAAGCGUAGCCCAGCUUUAUGUGUGGUCCAAGUUGGUGAUGAUCCGGCUAGUAAAACUUACAUAAAAAGUAAAAUCAAAGCAUGUCAGUAUACAGGAAUUGAAAGCAGUUCAGUACAUUUGCCAGAGAAAAUACAAGAGACUGAACUUUUGAAUGUGAUCAGAGAUUUAAACAAGGAUGACUUUGUGGAUGGAAUUUUGGUACAGCUUCCGGUUCCAAGGCACAUUACAGAAAGAAGAGUUUGCAACACUGUGGAUCCAAGCAAAGAUGUUGAUGGAUUCAAUGUUAUCAAUGUAGGCAGGUUCUGUUCAGAUCAAAUGACAUUCAUCCCAGCCACUCCAGCAGGCAUUAUGGAAAUGCUUAGACGGACUGGCAUUGAAACCUUUGGGAAAAAUGCUGUUGUCUGUGGUAGAUCAAAAAAUGUCGGAAUGCCUAUUGCCAUGCUACUUCAUGCAGACGGAAUUUAUGAAACAAAAGCUGGUGAUGCAACUACAACCAUAUGUCACAGGUAUACACCACCAGAUCAACUGACUAUAUUCACAAAGACAGCAGACAUAAUUGUUUCAGCAACAGGAAUACCUAAACUCAUUACAGCUGACAUGAUCAAAGAAGGAGCUACUAUAAUUGAUGUUGGUAUCAAUCGAAUCAAAGAUGAGGGAACUGGGAGGACUAAAAUUGUAGGAGAUGUGGAUUUUGAAGAUGUAGCAAAGAAAGCUGGUUUUAUUACACCAGUGCCUGGAGGAGUUGGACCAAUGACUGUUGCAAUGCUGACCAAAAAUACCCUUAUGGCAUACAAAAAGGAAUUUAAGUUUGAAUAAGGAAUUUGUACUGUGAACCUUGUGUCAUCCAGAAUGCAAAGCCACAGAAAGAUGUUUCAUACCAAUGUGCCAAUCUGAGAAUAAAGUGCAGCUUUUGAACAAAUGAUUUUUAAACCAAUAUAUAUAUAUAUAUAUAUAUAUAUAUAUAUAUAUAUAUAUAUAUAUAUAUAUAUAUAUAUAUAUAUAUAGUAGAAUUUUUAGCAAACAUUAAAUUUUGGCAUUGUUAGUGAUAGUGUUGAGUUCGCUAAAAUUUUUGUUAGUUUGUUGUUUUAACAUCCCUUUUGAGAAUUUUUCACUCAUAUAGAGAUGCCACCACCUGCUGGUGGAGGGCUGCAAAUUUAUACAUAUACUCGGCACUUAGGGCCAUUGAGCAGUGAGGGAUCUUUAUUUGUGCCAACACCUACUGACAAAGGGCCUGAGUUUAAACAGUUUCAUCCGAAGGACCGGUCUCCACGUCCCGCAGUGAUUUGAACCCAUGAUGUAAGGACCAGCUCCUUACUCCGCAACUCUUGAGCAGACACUCUAACUACAAGUGGGCGACACUAAAAUUGCCUAUCACUAAUAAUUCCUUCUGCACAAAGGAGGUAAGGUUAUCUUCCAAUUUAUUGUCAAAUCACUAAAUUAACUUUUCGCUAAAAUUGUGUAUUCAUUUUUGAAGCUAAAUCACAAAAGUGUCUUGCCAAAAAUUCAACUUUUAUGAGAUAUAUAUAUAUAUAUAUAUAUAUAUUAAAAUAUUAUAUAAAGACAUAAUUUUAUAAUUGCCAAUUGUUUUGUGACAUUUUAUUUGGAUUUUUUUUUAUUUUUAGUUAAUUAAAAUUGUGGAAAGGUUUAA